GAUUCUUCCUCACGUAGCACGUACGUCUCAUCAUCGUCAUCGCUCCCGCUCCGAUCAGCUGAUCCAUCGAUCGAUUGUCGUCGAUCUAUUUCAGUCUGUCAGUCAGUCAGUCGAUCGAUCGAUCGAUCUCCGGCCGGCGGAGCGCGCCAUGGAUUACUGGAAGACCAAGGUGCUGCCCAAGAUCAAGGUCGUCUUCGCCAAGGGCGGCGCCGCCAAGAAGGCGGCCGCCGGCGAGAUCAUCAAGUCCUUCGACGAAUCCAAGGAGGGGAUCAACGGCGAGUUCGAGGAGAAGAAGGCCGGCCUCCAGCCCAAGGUCGUCGAGAUCUACGAAGCCGCUCCUGCGCCGCUCAAGGUUCUGAUCAAGGACAGGACGAAGGUGUCCGGGAUCAAGAAGAACUCCGCCGCCGUCACCAAGUUCGUCGACGACCUCGCCAAGAUCGAGUUCCCCGGGGCGAAGCAACUGAGCGAGGGGAUCGCCAAGGUCGGCCCGGCGCUGCUCUCCGGCCCGGUCUUCGCCACCUUCGAGAAGGUCUCCACGUUGCUCCCCGCCGCCACCGGGGAGGAAGAGGAGACCAAGCCCAGGGAGGCUCCGGCCGCCGAGGAGGCUCCUGCUGCCGCCGCAGAGGAGAAGAAAGAGGAAGCGGCCGCCGCCGAGGAGAAGAAGGAAGAAGCCGUGGAGAAGAAAGAGGAGGAGACCGCUGCUGCCGCCGACGAGCCAGCCGCCGGCGGCGAGGCAGCAGAACCUGCAGCAGCCAAGGAGGAGGCCGCAGAAACGCCGGCGGCGCCCGAGGCGACCCCGUCUGAGCCGGCGCCGGCGAAGGCCGAGGAGGAGGCGCCAAAGGCCUAGCUACCUAGCUAGCUAGCUAGGGUUCACCGCCAUUGACGGACACCUCAAGCCCUAGCUGGAGACGGCCGGGAUGAUCCACCACCACCACCAUUCUUUGCUCUUACACAUAUGCAUGAUGACGAAGAUAUUCCAUUAUUAUUGUUCAUUUUUUUUCUCCCUGCCAUUUUCCCCUCCUCUUUUAUGGUUAUUUAUUAGAUGUGUAAGCCUAUAAUUUUUGUCUGUACUUAAAUUAUAUGCUCAGUCAGUGUGAGUGAGAACAUGUAUGUAUGUAUGGCAUCUGUAUAUUAUCACCAGUUUUGUUCGUUUUGGAAGCAUGCAUUUAUUUCAUUAUUCUUGUUUCUCCUAUGUCGUUUUAUAUAUCCUACAUUCUGAAAA